UGCGUCUCAAGGAUCAAAACAAAUUGAAUUUUUUGAAAAUAAAACUCCAAAUUGUUUCAUUUUAAUAUAAAAUAUUGUAAUUCCGCUCUACUAAAAAGUCUACGGAGUAAUAUGUCGUCAAGUUUACAAAGUGCAUAUUUUGGGCAAGAUGAAAUUGAUGGACUAAACUCCGACGACUCGGGGGCGGAACACCUGCAUAAAGUCGGCGUCCCGCUUCGUGAGCAGGAUCGAUUUCUCCCAAUAGCCAACAUUACCAAAAUUAUGAAGAAAGGAAUCCCUUCCAACGGAAAGAUUGCCAAGGAUGCUCGCGAAUGUGUUCAGGAGUGCGUUUCGGAAUUUAUUUCGUUCAUUACCUCGGAAGCCAGCGAACGGUGCCACUUGGAGAAGCGGAAGACCAUCAAUGGAGAGGACAUCCUGUGUGCCAUGUACACCUUGGGCUUCGAUAACUACUGCGAACCUUUGAAGCUGUACCUCACCAAGUAUCGAGAUAGCAUUAAAGCCGAGAGGUCCAGUCCCGAACAGACGCCGGAACAUCAGCAGCAAUACGAAACGAUCGAUCAGGACUUUCGCUCAAUCCAACCAUCAAAUUCGAAUGUAGCGGUUUCCGGGAACGUAAUUUAUCAAGGAUCGGAUGGAGGUUAUUACUUGAAAAGUAAUAAUUUUUAAGCUGUGUAUAUUUUGAAGUUAGGGUAAGUUUUUUUAUCAAUUUUAUUGAGUUGUAUAAAUGUUCUGUGGCGAGCAAAA